AUGAGUCUUGAUGGAAAUACAGAAAAGGCUGAUAAGCAGCAUAUCAGCUUUAAGUUUUGGCAGCCCACAUCAAAGGUGUUAGAAUAUGAUGUGGAUGACGGAAAAGACCUUGACAUAUUUGACAUCAAUGAAGAGGCAGGGUUGAAUCUCGUGGAGGGAGAUAUUGUGCUUGAUGAGAGGCAAAUUCGAAAUUCCAUAAUAGGUGAUCAGUACAGGUGGCCAAAGACGGUUCCUUACUACAUGGAAGAUAGCUUAGAGAUCAAUGCAAAAGGUGUGAUUCUGAAGGCCUUUGAACAGUACCGGCUCAAGACCUGCAUUGAUUUCCAGCCUUGGACUACAGAACCGAACUAUAUUUCUAUCUUUAAAGGGGGCGGCUGUUUCUCCUCUGUGGGGAAUCGACAUGUUGGGAAGCAGAGAUUGUCCAUAGGGAGAAACUGUGACCGCAUUGCAACCAUUGAACAUGAGUUCCUUCAUGCUCUUGGUUUCUGGCAUGAGCAGUCCAGGUCAGACCGCGAUGACUAUGUUAGGAUCAUGUGGGACCGUAUUUCAGAGGGUAAGGAACACAACUUCAACACCUACAAUGACACAACUUCCAGCUCUCUGGGUGUACCCUAUGACUAUGGCUCAAUGAUGCACUACAGUAAGAACGCCUUCCGCAAUGGCACUGAACCCACCAUCGUCACCAAGAUCCCCGCUUUCAGUGAUGUCAUUGGCCAGCGUAUGGAGUUCAGUGACAGUGAUCUGCUCAAGCUCAACCGUCUCUACAACUGCACCAGAGCCUCCACGUUCCUGGACUCAUGUGACUUUGAGCGUGAGAACAUCUGUGGUAUGAUCCAGGGAUCACAGGACAAGGCUGAUUGGACCAGGGUAGCCAAAGCUGCAGGAGGGCCUUCCACUGACUAUUCCAACCUGGGCAAAUGUUCUGGCUCAGGGUAUUUCAUGCACUUCAACACUGGCACAGCCAACACUGGGGACACGGCUCUGCUUGAAAGCAGGCUGCUCUAUCCCAAGCGAGGUUACCAGUGCUUGCAGUUCUUCUACUACAACAGUGGCAGCCCUGAUGACACGCUGAAGAUCUGGGUCCGAGAGUAUGACAAAGCUAACCCCAAUGGAAUCCUCCGCUUCAUAAAGACCAUAGAUGGGCCCCCUCAGGAGCUGUGGCAACUGCAUCACGUCAGUCUAAAUGUCAAAAGAAAGUUUCGGUUUGUGUUUGAGGGAAUCAAGAUGGGCUCUGGGCCCUCAGUGGGGGGGCUCUCUCUAGAUGACAUCAACCUGUCUGAGACCACCUGCCCAGAGUUUGCAUGGCGAGUGAAGAACUUCAGUCAUGUUCUAGAAAACACUCCAUCAGACACAGCUAUCUACAGUCCCCCGUUCACCUCUAAGGAAGGUUACACCUUCCAAAUGGGUCUGUACCCCAGCGGUAAGGCAGACUACCCUGGCGAGUUGUCAGCCUAUGUUCAUUUGGUGGCCCAUGCUGGAGAUACAGGGCAGAAAUGGCCAUGUCCUUGGAAACAGAUGACUAUGAUGCUGAUGGACCAGAACCCACACAUCCAAAAGCGUAUGUCCAACCAACGCAGCGUCACCACCGAGCCCAACAUGACAAUAGCAGGUUCUGAUGCCUUGUUCUGGGAUGACCCCCGUAAGGUGGGCACUGAGAUCACCGAUACUGAUGGCACCAAGUAUUUCCGAGGACCAGGAGCAGGCACACCUGUGUACCUUACGCACCUCAGGGCCAAGAGCAGGGAUUUCAUCAAGGGAGGAGAUGCCAUCUUUCUCCUCACCAUGGAGGAUGUGUCUCACCUCGUUGAGCCCCAACCUUGGCCCUCCACUACCAUGGCACCUUUCACGACUCCAACCACUGAUGCCUGCACCGAUGUGGUAUGUCAGAAUGAUGGAGUCUGCGUAUUGGACAAAGGAAAGGCAGAAUGCAGGUGUGUGGUGGGUGAUGACUGGUGGUAUUACGGGAACAGGUGUCAGUACAAGGGCUCCACCAUGGACAAAACAACCAUAGCACUUGCCUCUUCUCUGUCUGUACUCGCUGUCAUGCUGGUAGUUACAGCAGUCAGCGUCAUCUGUGUGAAAAAGAAGUACAAACGACGUGGGAGGGACACGGACAUCGUCAUGACCAACAAGAAUACCACCUGA